CACGGCUUCUCGCUGUUGGUAGACUGUAAAAACCGCCCUCGUCGAGUCUCUCACAUACAUAGCAGAGGGAGCCAAGAAAAAGCCUAAAAUGGAAGACAUGAAGAAGAGGAAGAUCAAGAUGGACGAGGCAAGCCAAGGCGCCGAAUUCUCAACAACUCAAGAGCACCUCCGCUCUCUUCUUGACCCUCUCAACAAAUCCCAGCUCGUCGAUCUUCUCUCUAGAUUAGGGUCACAAUAUCCUUCCAUUGCAGACGAAAUUAAAAGUGUAGCCAGUGCAGAUCCAGUGCAUCGAAAGCUUUUUGUUCGUGGCUUGGCCUGGAAUACCACUUCAGAAACCUUGUGUGCUGCUUUUCAAGUGCACGGCGAAAUUGAAGAAGGGGCUGUCAUUUAUGAUAAAGCAACAGGAAAAUCUCGUGGCUAUGGUUUCAUUACUUACAAAGAUAUGGAAUCAACACAAAGUGCACUGAGAGCCCCUAGCAAAUUGAUUGAUGGUAGGAUGGCUGUAUGUAACCUAGCAUGUGAGGGAUUAAGUGGGGCGAGUACAACACCGGAUUUAGUCCAGAGAAAACUCUAUAUUGGGGGUUUGUCACCAGAGAUCACCAGUGAGAUGCUGCUUAACUUUUUUGCAAGGCACGGUGAGAUUGAAGAAGGUUCAGUUGCUUAUGACAAAGAUACCAAUGAAUCACGUGGAUUUGGUUUUGUUACAUACAAGACAGUAGAAGCUGCAAAGAAGGCCAUAGAUGACCCACAUAAGAUACUUGGGGGAAGAACUCUCAUUGUGAAGCUUGCUGAUACUCACAAGAAGCAAACAGUACAGACACAAUUGCCUGCACCAGUGGUUCCAGUGCCCUUGCCAAUGGCAGCUGGAUACACACAGCCAGGAAAAUCUCAUCCUGGUGCAGCCCCUGUUGGCUAUUCUUACCCUCAAACUGUGGGAUCAUAUGCUGCUUCUUCUUACCCAAGUCCUCCAACAGCACCAGCUCCAUAUCCUCAACAGUCUCAAAUUUCAUAUCCAGCAGUUGCUAUGAGGAAAGAUCCGGUGGGACUUUCACCACCAACACCGAUGGGAAUGGGUGGAUACCCUUACUACCUUCCUAAACAAUAAGAAAUGUGCUUUCAAUGAAUCAUAUUGAUAUUAAAGUUUACCACCCCCCCCCCCCCCCCUUUUAUUUUCUUUUCUUCUAGUUGUAGCCAAUUGCAGUAGUUUCCUCUGAGGCAGACUUCUUCUUCGUUUUCGUUUUUUUGGUAGUUGUAUUAUUAGAGCAGGUGUUGUGAUGCUUAGAAUGGCAGAGAAUCUAAAAUUUUGUUAGUGGCAAA